GACUGAAGCUUGCAAUGCCCUGCAUCUCAAUCCGUUUUUGAUCGCGGCGUAAAGCCUAAACAAACACCUGGUCCUCUGGUCCAUUGGUUCGUUGGCGUUUUUUUGGUCCAUUGCCCCCUCAUCCUUUGGUUCACUGGUCGCUUUCAAAAACCCUGUAGUCCUUUUCCUUUUCGUUGCUCACUGGGAUUUUUUGUUCUAAGUUUUUCCUAUUUCUUCUUUGAUGGUGCUCUAUAUUUUGGAUCCCUCACCCCCGAAUACCCCCGACCAACGGCAGGGGGGAAACAAAUUUAGAAAUUGGAGGCCGAGAGAGGGAAUGUUGACUACGCUUGGAACAGAUUUGAUUGCAAUUUUUAGGUGGUAGUGGGCAUGCAGCGCUGAGAGGUCUGAAAGCACCAUGAGACCAUGAGGUAACAGCGCUUGCCCGUACAUGGCGGGGGAAGAUAUCGUUUCGUUGAGAAAGGAUCUGUGCUCCGCAGCCCGUGAAUGUUGUGGCUGUGCGAGGCAUGAACUGGUCGGUGAGUUGAACUUGAUCGAGGGGUCGAUGACUGUGAGAACAACAAAGAAGACAUGGGAUCCAUACAUCAUCGUCAAGGCCUCUAUGCCAGAGUUGAUUUCGAAACGGGUCAACAUGCACGGGCUAGAUGUGCGCCGGGCGUAGAUGGCCGGGUGGUUUCGGGACCUUCUUGUGUGUGAAAGAAGUCGUUUUUUGAAAUGCCUUGGGAUUUGUAUCUGUUAAAGCUCUUUCUUGUGCGCUCUUGUUUGUUUUGAAAAAGAUACUUUGGUACUGUUUAUACUUUGGUUACUCAUGCCAAGUUGUCCAUCUACGCCAAGGGUUUCACAGACCCGGAGUUCAUCACAAACUUGAAAUGCACCAGGAUUCGAGAGCCGUGCGUGGCUCACUGCAUGUCUUUUUUGUGAUGCCGUCAGAAAAGUGCAGUAAUUACAAUGCAUUUUGUACAUAUAUAAUUGCUCGAAACCAUGAGAAAUACCAUAAAACAUGCUUAUGACCAUUUUGACGCUCUCCUCGGUGGCCCUGCGGACGCAUAGUGCUGUAAAUAGCAAAACGAACUCGGAACUGCAAAACAGUGUGCGAAAUGUCCCGCCGGCAGGCCAACUACAUGCAGCUAUAUAGAACAUUCAACAAUUUCUGAGGGUGUGCAAAACUUGCAGCGCGACUUUUUCGCGGUUAGACUGUCGGAUGGUAAAGCAGUGGAUCAGCCAGCAGUUCUUUCCCCAACAACUUUUGCCCCGCCUAGGUAACAACAAGGGGCAGCAACUGUUGUACCAGGACCUUCAUUUUUGACCUUUUUCGACACCAAAACUCACGCAGUGCUAGGCAAAAGGCAACAAAGCGUUUACUGUAGGUAAUUGAUGCACUUGGAUGUAGGAUAUCAAUAUUAGCGUAUCACCGUCUAUGUAGCAGCAUGUUUUCCAAUAUAUAACCCAGCUCUUUGACGCGUGUGUCUUGGAGUUGCAGAUUUUACAAUUGAAGUGAAACUGAAAAAUGUUUCGAAGUGCAAAGUCCCUACUUUACUUAGUGCUAAGCUCUAUGCACGCUGGCAUCUCAUUGGGCUUCCGACAUGAGAAUCACAAGGCCUAACGGUGUUUGUUGCCUUCUGUGUUUGCAGCAGGCCAGGGAUAUGAUCAAACUUUUGGCAAGAAGUGUGCCACUGCCACAAGCAAAGAAAGUCUUGGAUGAUGAGGUGUAUUGCGACAUCAUGAAGAUUGGAGGCUUGGUCAGGUCAAAAGAGCGCUUUGUGAAACGACGCCAGCGUCUUGUUGGACCCAACGGGUCCACUCUGAAGGCCAUCGAGCUAUUGACACAAUGCUUUGUCCUUGUUCAAGGGCAAACCGUGUCCAUCAUGGGGUCGAUCAAGGGCAUCAAGCAGGUCCGCAGAAUAGUGGAAGAUUGCUUUCACAACAUUCAUCCGAUCUAUCACAUCAAGGAGUUGAUGAUUCGACGAGAACUGGAAAAGGCCAAGAAGAAGACGAAAGAUGUUUUUCCACCUCAACCAGCACCAAGAAAAGAGGACCUGCAGAUGGAGUCGGGGGAGUUCUUUCUCAACGAAAAAGAACGGCAACUCAGACAAAGGAUCGCAAAACGCGAGGCUCAACAAGCCAAAAGUGCUGAGAAGAGAAGAGAGCGCGCAAAGGAGUACGAGCCACCGGUGCCCAAAGCGAAGAAACCGAAGAAGGCAAGUGAAGAGAGUGCCAAGGAGAUUGCCCAACGGUUGGCCAGGAAGGCGCAGGUGAACUCCAGCAAAAAACGACCAGCCUCUGAUUUGCUCCUUUAAAUUGCUGGCGCUGCAUGUGGCAGAAAGGGAC